CCUUUAGCAUCGAGAGAGAAAAAAAAUCUGGUGUUCUGCCUGCCUACGCAACCAGUUGAUAUAAAGUGCAUUCAUAUGUGUUACAGAGACAACUAUUGUGAAAGCACUAUAUAUAAAUAAUCAUGUAUUGUGUUGUAAUGUAUUGUACGGUAUAAAAAACGAUUAAACUAAAUGAUUAAGCGUCUUGGAUAGAUCGCGCAGCUUUUUUUCUGCUUUGGCCAAUGCAUGUGACUCUUCCGCCACCUACUGGUGACUUGAGGCACUAAGCCUACAACCAUAUUGUAAAAUGAUUACCGUAUUUAAUUGUGCAAUGAUAUAUCUAUGAUUGUAACUUCCAGUAUGUAGGACAGUGUAUGUGUCAAAAAGUGGGCGUGUCAUUUCCACCGUGAAACCUGAUCUUCUGUGUCCAUUCAAAGCACAGUGUGUGAGUAUGUGUGUGCGCGCGCGCGUGCGUGCGUGCGUGUGUGCGUGUGUGUGUGUGUGUGUUACUGGAGCCAAUGGUGUCUGACAAUGGAGCUGUGGCUGUGUAAGAGAGACUCUGUGAAAUAUGCAUGAGGAAAUCCACACCUGUUUCCAGGUAUACGCAUUGACAGCUUCACCCGUGCAGGCUCUCUUGAUGCUUCACUCCAGGCAUCCCCCUGGCUGCUGCUGACCACUUGAUGAAGCGUAAAAAGGAGGAAAAAGAGGACAAACUCGAGUUAAGCCAGAGCACAGGAAGUGAAGUCAGAGCAGCGUCCAGCCGAGGCCAGCAUGAAUCCUUUGUGGAGACUUUAUAAGGGCAAAGUCUUGAAGACGUUCAACCCGGAGUACGUGGACGACUCGGCUGAAGAGGUGAGUGAGGUUGAAGAAGACAUGAUGAGUCCAGUCCAGCAUGAUGAAGGCCAGAACGCUGUCUCCCAGCUGGCCCGCAAAAUGCAGGGGGCGGGGGCCAAAAGCUGGAAUAGACUGUCAGCUCUCUUCAAUAAAGACGACGAGCACCAACUACUGCAAGAGACACCAAGUCCUCCAGUCGCUGACCACCCACUUGCAGUCAAGCCAGAGGAACCGUGCAGGCCCGCUCGCCGCAGUGGAUUCUGGGAUAGCUUCGCUGCCAACUGGGCCGCCAAGAAGCAGGCGGAGGCUGCUGCCGCCGCCACCCGCGAGGCGAUGGAUGCCAACGAGGGGGUGUCGGAGGUGGGCGAGCUGGAGGAAGAGGAGGCGGUGGUGGCGGGGCCGUCUGAGGCAGCGGCGAUGGACGGCGAGGAGGAGGCGGAGUCACAGGAGAGCGAUGGCAACAACGGCUUCUCCAACUACAUCACGCUGGGAGGAGGAGCGGGCAGUGAGGACGCUUCCUUCAAGUGGAACUUUGUCACCAGCAAGCUAGCCGAAUUGAGGAGGGCCAGCCCAGCCAAGAGCAACUAGAGAACGUAGAGGAAAUCCAGCCCCUGCUGGGGAAAUUCAGGUAUUACAGCAGGUAAGAAAAAAUAUGCAAUCAUAAUUCAAUUAUAAUACAGGGAACCGCAUUGAAUUUAUUUUCAAUAUUUUUUUUAAAUAUAUUUUUUGGGUUGGGACAACCCUGUCUUUCAUGAUCUCAUUAGUUUAUCCCUGCUUAUGCAAUAAUUGUUUUGAAAAAUAAUAAAAAAUGAUAUCACAUGUACAACUUACAGUACAUUUUCCAGUGGAACAAUUGGAUUCUAUUUGAUUACGAUUCGAUCUAAAAUGGUACCGCUGUAAAUUUUGUCAUGUUUAUAUGGCGAAACAUCAAUUCAAGUCGCUCCACUUUAAAAUGUACCAUCUUCCAACAGCAACUCAAAGAAUUUGGGACUGUGAGAUUUUUGUGAUUUUUUUUCCCCUCUAUUGUGUUGUGUAUGUUUCAUUGUGUUGUUUUGUUUUUCGUUGAGUACCGCAAUAGAAAUGUGGUUACAGCAUUUGGGACUGACUAACUGAUGAUACAUGAACUACAAAAAUCAGGAUAAUAAAGAGAACCGCUUCACA